AUGGCCUUUGUCGAGGCUGAGAAUAAUUCUAAGGAGGAUAUUUUACUCGCCAGAAAAGGGCCCAAUAUAUCACUAAAUGAAAAAUGUAAUACUAUUAUUAAAAAUACUAUUGAUGAUAUUUCUAAAGAAUUAAGUGGAUUAUCAUUAAAAAAAGAUGAAAGCAAAAAUUCAGAUCAGGAGAAUAAAGAAAUCUUAUUAUCUGUUAAAAUGAAGCAAAUGAAAUCUUCUCCAUUAUCACCAAAAGAUUUUGUUAAGCUACAAAGUAUGAGAUCAUUAACUUUAGCUAAGAAAACAAUAUCAACAUUUAAACCAGGCAAAAUGUCUGAUACAUUAAUUAAUGAUCUAUUAAGUGAUGACACAACUCUUAAUGAUAAAACACCAUCGAUAAGCAAAGAAAAGAAAGGAGAUUUUAAUAAAAAUGACGACAAUUUAAAAGAGGUAAAAGAUAAUGAUAAUAAAAAGAGUAAUGAAGAAUCUAUUACAACUGAUUCAAUAAAUGAAAAAGAAUUAAUAUCAAGGGGUCCUGUUAGACAACAACGUAAUUAUAGUUCUCCUUAUCAUCCAUAUGGUAGUAAUUUAUCUUCCCCAACUCAUCAAUGUGGAAAUAUUACACAAGGACUUUUAACAACACCAAAUUAUGUUAGAAAUAACCAAAAUUAUGGAAAUAUUGAUUAUAAUUCUCAUAAUGGUUAUUAUCAAAUGAAUUAUAAUUCACAUUUAGAAUAUGCUUCAUCAACACCUGAUUCUUGUAUUUCUGAUAAUAGUUUUUCAUCAACAAGUCCUUAUGGUAAUUCAUCUAAUGAGUAUAAAUCAAAUUGUAAUAGUAAUCAAGGAUCACCUUCAGGUUCAGUUGAUAAUUCAGAAGGUCCUAGAGAAGCUGAAUCUGAAAUUCCUGAUUAUCUUUCUGAUUUUAUACUUAAAUAUUCAAAACGUUAUUCAAAAAUGAAUUAUGAUGAUGAUGAUGAAAAUUGUGAAAGCUUGGAUAAUACAAAAAAUUCAAAAUCUUUACAAAAAAAUAAUCAAAAUAUAAUUGAUAGUAGUAAUGAAGAUAUUCGUGCAUCUUCAAUUGAUUCUGGUGUUGAUUCACCUUUAGCUGCUAGAUCAGUUCCAAAUCAUUCACCUGAUGUACCAAGAGCUAGUUUUACUUUUCAUGCCAUUAAAGCUGCUGGUCAUAAUAACUUUACUCUUACCAUUCCAUCAUCACGUCCUCAUAAAGAAGAAUUAAGAAGUCUUAUAAAUGACAAAGAUAUGGAUGAAGCAUGGGCAUGGCUAUUCCAAUUUUUACAAGAAUCACCAUCAAAAUUUUAUCAACAAGAUCAAGAUCAAGAUACUCUUCUCCAUAUUGUUACUUUCCAUUUAGAUUAUGCAAAAAUAUUUGCUUUAGUAGAACAAAUGAUUAAAUAUUCAACUGAUGAUUUUAAACUUUAUGAUGUUUCUAAUAAAUUUAAUGAAACCCCAUUAUUUAUAGCAAUUGAAAAAAGAGCUCUAUUAAUAGUUAACUAUUUAUUGGAAGUUAAUGCUGAUCCAAAUAUAAAAAAUUGUCGACCAGAAAGAGAUGCACCUUUACAUUUUGCAGCUGCUAGAGGCCUCAAUGACAUAGUUAUAGCUUUAUGCAAAAGUAAAUUAAUUAAUAUUAAUAUGUUAAAUGGUAUGGGACUUUCACCUUUAAUGUGUGCUAUCAAAAAUCAUAAAGCUGUUGAUGAGGAUACUGGAUAUAUUGUUGAUAAUAGACAAGUUAUUAAAACAUUAUUAGAUUUAGGUGCUGAUCCAUUUGUUUGUGACUCAACAAACGGAAAAACGGCUAUACAUUAUGCUGUUGAAUAUCAAUCACCUGAAAUAAUUGAAACUAUUAAAGAAUGUAUUGAUGAAGAAAAAAUGAUAGCACUUGUCAAUACACCUGAUUAUUCAAAUGAAAAACCAAUGGAUUUUAUUAAUAUUUACCAUCAAAUUCCUCAAGAUACUAAAAAAGCACUUUACCUGGUUCUUCUGACAUGUAGCGCAACCGGUAGUUAA